AUGAAAGUCUCCGGUCGAGUGGAUGGCACCGUCUGCAGCGCCGUGUUGUCCAGAAACCGCUCGGCCGCCGCCAACGCCGUUGCGAGCUUGACUGGCGAAAGAAUAUCGUCCUCGAGCAUCGACCGACGCCUAUUCUGCACAGCGCACGGUGCCAGUGUGUCCAAGCAAGCAUGCCAAGGGAGCGCAAAGCCUGGGCCGAACUUCUUCUGCUCGAAAACUGCCAAAUGGUUGCACUCGACUUUCAUUCCCUACGACAGCGUUCAGACCUCGUCCCAGCAGCGGAAACGAAAACCGUACAGCACUGCUGCUGCCUCGCAAACCACCACACCCGCCCCUUACAAUGCCGCAUACCUCCCAGUGCGCGACAAAGCCGUACUCCAGUCGUAUGUCCCCUCCGAAAACACAGGCACCGUCGACCAAUACUUUGACUACUAUCGCGAUCCCUACCGCCGAGGCUACGCUCAGCCUGAUGGACCCAAGUUACGCAUCUCCGAGUCGAAGCACGAUGUAUCCUAUCCCGGGAGAGAGGACAUCUGCAGCCCCUCUGAGGGCACCGCGACAAAGUUGGAACAUCUCUGCAAGGCUAUCCGCCUCCAGAUGCGCCACCCCAGCCGCAACACACACGCCGCCAUACACAAAGCCUACCGUCAGCUCCCGGAGCCGCGAAUGCUGAACUUCACCGGCCAAUGGCGGGCGCGUCUCCUCAAAGUCAUGGGCACGCCACGCAGGCGCGACAUGGAGUCCAUGCUCCGCUAUUUUGGGCUCAUAGCCGAUAUCAAGUCUGCCGGCCUGACCCUCCGCCGCUCGCAAUGGAACUAUGCCCUUUCGUUUGCGACAAAGUACACGUCGAAAGCUGGAAAGAGAGAGAUGGACAGUGCGCUGAGGAUGUGGAGGGAGAUGGAGCGCGACGCCCAGAUACCAGGCAAUGAGGUCACGUUCAACAUACUCUUUGACGUGGCUGCCAAGGCGGGCAACUUCCUUCUGGCUGAGAUGGUCUAUGCCGAGAUGGACAAGCGAGGCUUGGAGUUCAACAGGUAUCACCAUGUCAGCCUCAUAUUCUACUUUGGCCUCAAGCUCGACUCCUACGGCAUUAGAGCAGCCUACAAAGACAUGGUGGAGUCGGGGGAAAUGGUCGACACAGUCGCGCUGAAUGCAGUCAUUUCAGGUCUGCUCCGCUCUGGCGAAGAGACGGCAGCAGAGGAGACAUACCAGAGGAUGAAGAGCGGUAACACACCCGCCGCCUCCGAAAUGCCACCUCGAGACUACAUGAUGGACAAGGUCGUCACCAAGGUCCUGAUGAUGUUCUCCAAGUUGGGCAAGCACCACCCCCCGCUACGCAAGUCGUUGCAGACGAAUGUGCAGUUGGCGCCGAAUCUCCGAACAUAUCGGCUCUUUGUCGAGCAUUACGCCAUCAAAGUGGGUGAUUUGCGGAAAGUGGCGCAGUUUCUCGACGAGAUGAAGUUUCUCAAGAUCCCGAUACACCCCACAGUGUUCCUGGCCUUGUUCAAGGGAUUCUUCGUUCACGGUGGCUUUGAGGGGUCGGAUUGGAGCGAGAAGCGUCUCCACAACGUCCUGUCUGCUCUGUACACGGCCAGCGACGACAAUGCACGGAGCUUCAGAAUAGAGCAGUGGCUGGUGAUAUGGGCUCUCCGCGCGGUGAAGAAAUGCUGUUCGAAUGCCGAAGCAGUGGAGAUGACCUACGCUGAGCUCGAGUCGCGUUGGGCGGUGCCCCCGGAGCGCAUCACUUUCAUGCAGUCCUUUGCGGAGAGCGUUGUGGAAGGGCGAGACCUGCAGUCUCAGGACGCAGAAGUUGAGAGCAGUCUCCACAGAGGAUUCCACCGCCAAAGCCCGGAGUUGUCUGAAUAG